AUGCUUAACACCGGGGCCCUAGAAGACGGACCAAUCCACAGCACAAUGAGUCUGUCGUGGAAGGAGAACGACGGUGGUGCACUAUCUGUACCAGUUGAUGCGUUUGGGGAUGAGACUGAUGCUGACGUUAAAUAUAAAACCUUAACAUGGUGGCAGUGUGGAACAUUAAUGAUAGCAGAAUCAAUAUCACUUGGCGUGCUGUCGCUACCGGCCGCGGUUGCUACUCUAGGCCUACUCCCAGCGGUUGUCCUCAUUGUCGCAGUUGGCAUCAUCUCGACCUAUGCCGGAUACAUUUUGGCCCAGUUCAAGUGGAGAUACCCGCAGGUUUCCAAUAUGGCCGACGUGGGAGAAGUGCUUUUGGGAUCCUUUGGUCGGGAGCUUCUUACCAUUGCUCAGACGUUAUUCCUUAUCUUCCUGAUGGGUAGCCAUCUCUUGACCUUCACCGUGGCUCUUAACCAGAUCAGCAGUUAUGCCACUUGCUCAAUGGUCUUUGGUAUUGUUGGACUGGUCGUUUCAUUUAUUUGCUCCUUGCCUCGGACAUUGGCAAACAUAUCCCUUCUGUCGUUUCUCUCCUUUAUAAGCAUCGUAUCCGCCGUGUUUAUAACCUUAAUUAAUGUAGUCAUUACGAAUCCCGGGACCGGCCGCGCAGUGACGACCGAAACCAACUUCUAUCAUGCUUUUGCCGCCGUGACAAACAUCAUCUUCUCAUUCUCCGGUCAUAUUGGCUUCUUCGGCUUCAUGGCUGAGCUCAGGGACCCACAUGACUUUCCUAAGGCGCUGUAUAUGGUUCAGGUCAUGGAGGUAGUGAUCUACAUUGUGGCAGGCGUUGUGAUAUAUAUUUAUGCUGGUGACGACGUCGCCUCGCCCGCCCUCGGUUCCGCAUCACCGAUCGUCAGCAAGAUCGCUUAUGGCGUUGCCAUCCCAGCCAUCCUGACAGGUGGGGUGGUCGUCGGCCACAUAGCUGCCAAGCUCAUCUAUAUGCGCCUUCUGCGCAUGACCGGCCGCAUGCACGCGCGCGACUUCUUGUCGGUGGGGACAUGGGUGGGUAUUAUGCUGUCGCUUUGGACCUUGGCCUGGAUUAUCGCAGAGGCAAUCCCCGUGUUCAGUAAUAUGCUGACUCUGAUCUGCGCGCUGUUUGCGAGCUGGUUCUCCUAUGGUCUGUGUGGGCUAUGUUGGCUGUUCAUCAACCAGGGUCGGUACCUGGAGAGUUGGAAGAAAUUGCUCCUUACUAUCAUCAACAUAACAUUGAUUGGCCGGGUCUAG